AUGUCGGAACCACCAGAUCUGCUCCCUUGGCCAGACCCGUUGCUGGUGGUGUUUUCGCUGUCGUCACCGCUGGUUCCUCCAGACCCUCCGGAUCCACCGGACGCUAGAGACUCAGGACUGUUAUGUCAAUCUUCGGCUUUGAUUCGCUCCUCUUACUCCAAACUCCCUCCUCUUCUUUGGCUAAACCCAUCUCGAGAUUGCAUCUCUAGGUCUGUUUUUCCCCUUCGACGAUGGACCUGCGUUGUUUCAGCUCCUGAGAAGAACAUAAAUCCGCCUCUCCCGUUGGUGGUGGUUCGAAAUCAUGAUGGCCAGGCUUGGAGAACUCGAUGGGUCAACCAGCGGCACGGUUACUAUGCCGGAUGUAAAACCGCCAUACCUCUGGCGGUGGUCCUGGAGCUCGCCCAUCCUGACGGUUUGGCCUCAUCAAUUUCUCCGAUCAACCUCCGUAAGCCUCUCCCUCUCUCUUGGUGUAGUGGGCUUGCUGUUUGGAAUAGCUUUUCAGCCCAUGUAGAUCAAUUAGGUGGUUUGGCCCAUAAUUGUUAUCUUUUUUAA